UCAAAUCCGAGAAGAUGGACAAACCAGAGAAAGAGGAGAAUAUGGACAACUUUGAGAAGUUGGACCAAUUUCAGAUGUUAGAUAAGCUAGACAAAGUGGAGAAGAAGGAUACGACUGCGAAGACUGAGGCGUCAGUGAAGGUGGAGUACACAGAACCACUGGACAAAGGAGAGAAGGUGGAUCAAAUGGACAAGGCAGAGAAAACAGAAAAGCUGGAGCCAACAGAUAAGGCAGAAAAGACAGAAGAAGAAGAAGAAGAAGAAGAAGAAGAAGAAGAAGAAGAAGAAGAAGAAGAAGAAGAAGAAGAAGAAGAAGAAGAAGAAGAAGAAGAAGAAAACCAGAGAUGAUGGAUAAAAUGGACAAGAAGACUGACAAGGUAGAGAAGAUGGACAAGUUAGAGAAGACUGACAAGGUAGAGAAGAUGGACAAGGUAGAGAAGACUGACAAGGUAGAGAAAAUGGACAAGGUAGAGAAGACUGACAAGGUAGAGAAGACUGACAAGGUAGAGAAGACGGACAAGGUAGAGAAGACUGACAAGGUAGAGAAGACUGACAAGGUAGAGAAGACGGACAAGGUAGAGAAGACGGACAAGGUAGAGAAGACGGACAAGGUAGAGAAGACUGACAAGGUAGAGAAGACUGACAAGGUAGAGAAGACUGACAAGGUAGAGAAGACUGACAAGGUAGAGAAGACUGACAAGGUAGAGAAGAUGGACAAGGUAGAGAAGACGGACAAGGUAGAGAAGACGGACAAGGUAGAGAAGACGGACAAGGUAGAGAAGAUGGACAAGGUGCAAAAGACAGACAAAGAAGAAAAACCAGAGAAGAUGGACAAGGACGAGAAGACUGGAAAGGUAGAGAAGGUGGACAAGGUGGAAAAGCCUGGGAAGACAGAACAGGAAGAAGUGGAGAAGGCACCAGAGAAACAGGAGACGUCGGUGAAGUCGAACACAUUUGACCAUAUGGAAACACAGUCUGACAGGGAGAAGACAGACCAUGUUGGAAAGGUAACAGUAACAGCUGAGAAAGAAACAGACAGAGCAGAGAAGCCCACAGACAAGGUGGAGGAAGAGAAGAAGCCAGAGAAAACAGACAAGGUGGUGGUGGAGGAGGAGAAGGAGGAGGAGAAAACAGACAAGGUGGAGGAAGAGAAGAAGCCAGAGAAAACAAACAAGGUGGUGGAGGAGGAGGAGAAGGAGGAGGAGAAAACAGACAAGGUGGAGGAAGAGAAGAAGCCAGAGAAAACAGACAAGGUGGUGGUGGAGGAGGAGAAGGAGGAGGAGAAAACAGACAAGGUGGAGGAAGAGAAGAAGCCAGAGAAAACAAACAAGGUGGUGGAGGAGGAGGAGAAGGAGGAGGAGAAAACAGACAAGGUGGAGGAGGAGAAGAAGAAGCCAGAGAAAACAGACAAGGUGGAGGAGCAGAAAUCGGAGAAAAAAGAGCUGAAAAGUCCUGAGAGGAAAACGGACAAGAUAGCAGAGAUAGCUGAUAAGGCCAAAAAAACUGCAAGUAAACCUUCGACCAAUGGGAGCGGUGCCGCACCAAGCCGGGACCUGCCCAGUCCAGACAAGAAGACCAAGGUAGGCCAGAGUCGAGGUUUAAAGAGGAACAUGAUCAAAUCAUACAUCAUUCAUGCUGCUGCUGCUUCUACUUUAUUAUCCGUACAGUAGUGAGAUUGUAGUCCAUUGAACUCACUUUCAUUUAAGUAAUAUCAGUCAUAACAUUAUUAUCAGAACAAUGAAAAUAUUUUGUUCCUUGUUUUAGUGCAGAUUUUAACUCGACUUCUUCAUUGAGUGUUUGUUUUUAUCAGGCACACAGUUCCAUUUGUUGGUAUUCUGUUGAUUAAGGCUGCUUCUGUUGAUUAAGGCUGCUUCUGUUGAUUAAGGCUGCUUCUGUUGCUUUCUCCUGCUGCUGUUAUCCUGCUGCUGUUAUCCUGCUGCUGAUAUAAUGCUGCUGUUAUCCUGCUGUUGAUAUCCUGCUGCUGUUAUCAUGCUGCUGUUAUCCUGCUGCUGAUAUCCUGCUGCUGUUAUCAUGCUGCUGUUAUCCUGCUGCUGUUAUCCUGCUGCUGAUAUCCUGCUGCUGUUAUCCUGCUGCUGAUAUCCUGUGUUUUGUUGUUUUUCUUUCUCGCUUUCUUUUGUUCUUUCUGUUUCUCUCCAUUUGUCUGGUGUGCCGUCCAUCGCGCAGCCUGUCGCCAGGGCAACCAAACCGAGCGCUGCUAAGCCGCGGCCGAGUCCCCCUAAACGCCCCACCCCUUCCACCCCUUCCUCCACCUCAGCCAACCUUGGCAAAAAAACGCCCAUGCCCAAGGCCCCCACCCCCACCGCUGGCCACAAGCGGCACUUGUCCGCAGCCAGCCGCCCCGCGUCCGCAGCCACCACCUCCACCACUGCACCCUGUGAGGUCAAGCCCAAGGUGAGUGCCCCCUGCCCUGCUUUAGGGACAGCCGAAGUCCCCUCCACCUUCAGAUAUCGGCACCUCCAUACCCUACCACUGUGUGGUGUCGGUCUGUCUAGGGAAACUACUACCUACUUCUACUCUAGUAGCCUGUCUUUUUAUCUCCUAUUCAUCAUGUUGUUGAUCAGAAGAAUGGGCAUGUUCAGUUCUGUUUAGCAUAAGUGUUAGCUUAGCUAGCUACUAUAUUAAUUUCCACAGGAGCUGUAAAUUAGACACUGUCUGACUGCUGUGGUGCUCAGAGCAUAAUCCGCCUGUAAGGUAUCCACCUUUUUAAACUUGGCUCCCAGUAAGCCCUUGUGUCCCGAGUGCUGAGUGGCCGUCCACAGGAUUACUCAGAGCACGGUUCACAGAGGGGAGAGGGCCAGAGGGGAGAGGGCCAGAGGGGAGAGGGCCAGAGGGGAGGGGGCCAGAGGGGAGGGGGCCAGAGGGGAGGGGGCCAGAGGGGAGGGGGGCCAGAGGGGAGGGGGCCUGAGGGGAGGGGGCCAGAGGGGAGGGGGCCAGAGGGGAGGGGGCCAAAAGGGGGGAGAGGGGAGAGGGGGAGAGGGCGGGGGAGGGGAGAGGGGAGAGGGCCAGAGGGGAGAGGGCCAGAGGGGAGGGGGGCCAGAGGGGAGGGGCCAGAGGGGAGGGGGGCCAGAGGGGAGAGGGCCAGAGGGGAGGGGGCCAGAGGGGAGAGGGGAGGGAGGGCAGAGGGGAGAGGGGAGGAGGGCCAGAGGGGAGGAGAGGGCCAAGAGGGGAGAGGGGGCCAGAGGGGAGAGGGCAGAGGGGAGGGGGAAGAGGGAGGGGGAAGAGGGGCCAGAGGGGAGGGGGGAAGGGCCGAGGGGAGGAGAGGGGGAGGGGAGAGAGGGCCAGAGGGGAGAGGGCCAGAGGGGAGGGGCCAGAGGGGAGAGGGCCAGAGGGGCGAGAGGGAGGGGCAGAGGGGGAGGGGAGGGAGAGGGGAGGGGGCCAAAAGGGGAGGGAGAGGGCAAGGGGGGGGGCCAGAGGGGAGAGGGGGAGAGGGGAGGAGGGAGGAGGGGGGAGAGGGCCAGGGGGAGAGGGCCAGAGGGGAGGGGGCCAGAGGGGAGGGGGCCAGAGGGAGAGGGGAGAGGGGGAGAGGGGAGAGGGCCCGAGGGGGAGGGCCAGGGAAGGGGAGGGGCCAGAGGGGAGGGGGCCAGAGGGGGAGGGGGCCAGAGGGGAGGGGGCCAAGAGGGGAGAGGGAGAGGAGGGCCAGAGGGGAGAGGGGGGGGGGCCCAGAGGGGAGGGGGCCAGAGGGGAGGGCAGAGGGAGGGGGCCAAGAGGGGGAGGGGCCAGAGGGGAGAGGGCAGAGGGGAGGGCCAGAGGGGAGGGGGCCAAGGAGGGGGGAGGGGGGAGGGGAGAGGGUCAGAGGGGAGGAGGGCCAGAGGGGGAGGGGGCCAGAGGGGGGGGAGGGCCAGAGGGGAGGGGGCAGAGGGGUCAGAGGGGAGGAGGGGAGAGGGGGAGGGGAGAGGGGGAGGGGGGGGCAGAGGGGAGGGGGCCAGAGGGGGGAGGGGGAAGAGGGCCAGAGGGGAGGGGCAGAGGGGAGAGGGGCAGAGGGGAGGGGUUAGAGGGGAGAGGGCCAGAGGGGGAGAGGGGAGAGGGGAGAGGGUAGAGGGGAGGGGGCCAGAGGGGGAGGGGGCAGAGGAGGGGGAGAGGGGAGAGGGGGGGAGAGGGUGGGGGAGAGGGGGGGAGAGGGGGAGAGGGGAGGGGAGGGGGCCAGAGGGAGAGGGGAUCAGAGGGGAGGGGGCCAGAGGGGAGGGGGCCAGAGGGGAGAGGGGGAGGGGGGGUGAGGGCCAGAGGGGAGAGGGUUAGAGGGAGAGGGGGGAGAGGGAAGGGGGCAGAGGGGAGAGGGCUAGAGGGGAGGGGCCAGAGGGGAGGGAGGCCACAGGGGGGGGGCCAGAGGGGAGAGGGCCAGAGGGGAGAGGGGGAGAGGGGAGGGGGCCAGAGGGGAGAGGGCCAGAGGGGAGAGGGCCAGAGGGGAGAGGGCCAGAGGGGAGAGGGCCAGAGGGGAGAGGGGCCAGAGGGGAGGGGCCGCGGGGGAAGGCCGAGGGGGAGGGGGCCAGGAGGGGAGAGGGCAGAGGGAGGGGGCCAGAGGGGAGAGGGCCAGAGGGCAGAGGGGAGAGGGCCAGAGGGGAGGCCUUGAGGGCAGCCAGCAUUCAUCACUCCUCCCCUGGUAUUUACUAGAGAGACCCAGGGCCAACCAUCAGUCGCUCAAGGCUUCCCUCACCACACCACACCACGUCUCUCACCUUCAGCCUUCAGUGUAGCAGAUAUACAUUACAAUGUACAUGAUGCACAGCCACUUCUCUAACCUGCUGGUGUAACGUAUUUGACUAUAUUACACCACUAUUUAUUGUAGUACAGCAAUGGAGUCUAGGGCAAAAGGGCUGGCAGCUCGAAGGAUCUCAAGACACAUGAAUGAGAGACGGAAUGAAUGAGGAGGCGGUGCGGAAAACAAGGCCAUUUUCCAUGUAAAGCCUCCCUCGGGCGGUGCGUCCACGCGUGGGGAAAUCAGACACACGGUGCAUUGGCAUUCUUUUAAUAUCCCUGGUUCCC